AAACAUGUUCAUAUUCUGGUAAUGUCAUGUAGGAAGUUAAGACUAUAUUUGAUUCUUUCUAUACUAUAUAGCCUACUAUUAUUCAUAUUAUUCAUAAAGACCAGUCUGCAGUGGAGAUCAAUUGCUAUAACCUCAUACUUUACAUUAUGGUUUAUUCGUCUACAAUUGGCUCAAUAUAUCAUAUCAAAACAUUGGACCGUUUUGUGGGCCAUCAAAAAAUGAAUACAAGUGUUAAAGCAAGAAUAAAGGACCCGAGCUUCAUGCAUCACCGAGGAUCAUUCCCUGGAAUGUUGACUAUCAUUCUGAGGAAUGGAUUCAUUCUUAGUAGACUACAUUUCCCGACAGACCUCGCAGUGGUCAGGGUCGCUGUUUUGCACAGAACGCAGAAUUCUUGAAAGAGUCCAAAGAGUUGACGACAUUGAGGUUUUAGGUGAAUAGUGACUCUUUGGUCAGGAAAACAAGAAAUUAUGUGGUCUAGGUUAUUAAGUGGCGGACGGGUCGGGUUUGGUGUACGGGCAUCGAGACAGUGUUUCCCCAGCGCUGGAUCUGAAACAGCAGGAAAGCAGUUGCAGAGACAUGCUUCAAGUUCAGAGGCCUCCAUGAAGAAGACGGCUCUGUUUGACUACCACCGCCAGCAGGGAGGCAAGAUGGUGGAGUUUGCAGGUUGGAGUAUGCCUGUGCAGUACAAGGACAGCCACAUUGUGUCUCACAUGCACACAAGGCAACACUGCUCUAUAUUUGAUGUCAGCCACAUGCUACAGACCAAAGUCCAUGGGAGGGACAGGGUGAAGUUCAUGGAGUCCCUGAUUGUAGGAGAUGUUGCUGAGCUGAAGGACAACCAGGGCGCACUGUCGCUCUUCACCAAUGAGCAGGGUGGAAUCAUGGAUGACCUCAUCGUCACUAAGACGGACCAGGGCUACCUCUAUGUGGUUUCCAACGCCGGCUGUGCUGACAAAGACUCCGCCAACAUGAAGGCCAAGCUGGCGGAGUUCAAAGCAGCAGGUCAUGAUGUGGAUCUGGAGUUCUUGGAGGAGUCUCUGAUUGCUGUGCAAGGCCCUUCCAUGGCCCAGGUGCUCCAAGAGGGCCUGUCAGAUGACCUCAGCAAGCUGACCUUUAUGACCUCCACGCUGGCCAUGGUGUUUGGCAUCCCGGGCUGCAGGGUCACCCGCUGUGGCUACACUGGAGAGGAUGGGGUGGAGAUCUCUGUCCCGACGUCCAGCGUGGUCGCCCUGACGGAACGACUGCUGGCCCACAGCGAGGUCAAGCUGGCCGGGCUGGGCGCACGCGACAGUCUGAGGCUGGAGGCGGGCCUCUGUCUCUACGGCAACGACAUUGAUGAGAACACAACUCCAGUGGAGGGCACCCUAGUAUGGACCAUAGGAAAGAGGCGUCGCCAGGCAAGGGAUUUCCCCGGCGCUGACAUUAUCGUGCCCCAAAUUAAGGCCAAGACCGCCAGGAAGAGGGUGGGGCUGGUGUCCACUGGCCCACCUGUCAGAGGCCACACCCCCAUCCUAAGCCCAGAAGGAAAGGUCAUAGGUGAGGUUACCAGUGGCUGCCCCUCCCCCUGCCUGAAAAAGAAUGUUGCCAUGGGUUACGUGGAGGCGGCAUACAGUAAGAACGGAACACCGGUGAAGGUGGAGGUCAGGAAGAAGGCUGUUGACGCCAUCAUCAGCAAGAUGCCAUUUGUGCCCACCAACUACUACACUGGCCAAUAGGCUGUGCUGUCUGUUCAUCGUGCUGUCUGUCUAUCGUCCUGACUGACUGACUGACUGACUGACUGGCUGUGCUGCCUGUUUGUGCCAUCAAUAGUUGUGAUCAAUCUAACUGUAUUAGGGUAUUAGGAAAGGAUGUGUUUAAGCACACUGUCUCUAAUCAGGGUCUCCCUUCUGUGAGUAAAUACUCCCAUCUCAUGUUCAGGGUGAGUAUUACACCUUAAACCACAGGAGGGAGUGCAAUGCCCUCCAUAGAACCUGAGUUGGCAGAAUGUUCCAGUCCAACUCCAGGUUAAUCAAGGUAUGAAGGUUACAAGGUAACAUCCUCCCACUCUGUAAAACGUGGAUUUCCUUCGGGUUUUGUCUCAGAGGUUCAUGCAGAACUUGUAGACCAGCAGAUUGCACUGGACACAUGACAUAUCACUGACUCAAACUUUUUAACUAUUCUUUAUCUUUCUGAUAUGAUCAUGAAUCUGAACUUGAAUUUUGAAGUUGAAGUGACACACGAUAGUUUGUGUGUCAUAUUCGUUUACUAAUGACUAAUUUUCAAAGGUGUAUGUUUGUAUCAGCAAGACCAAACACAGUUCCAGAUUAUUCCAAAUGGCCCUUUUGAUAUUUUUUAUAGUCCUUGUAAUUACAGCUUGCAGUACUACAAUAGUUUUCCCAUCACUACCUGGCCACUCUUCUCUUAUUUUUUUUUAAAUGUCUUCGCAGUAUUAUGAAGUAUUAAGGGGCCAACUAUCCAUAAGAUUUAUAAUUUCCUUAUACACUUUACUUACAAAAGCUUAUAUGCUUAAAGGAAGUAGAUACUGUAAUAGCUUAAUUUGUUUCCAUGAUGUACUACUGAAAAUAUUUUUUUUCAUGUUUUUAAUUUAAAUUAAAUUUGAUGUAUUUAAAUAUUAAUUUGGACUAUAUCAUUGUAUUUUAGAAAGCUUUCAUUAAUCUAUAUUCAAUAGCAGUGUACCGUUGUUUUGUCUACAGAGAUAGGCUAAUACAACCGAUGUGUUAUCUAUGCGGUUUAGUUUACAUUAUUGAAGUGUAUAGUAGCCUAUGUAAAAUAAGUGAUUUAACGUUUAAAGAUGACAAUGUUGUUGAGAAGCACUUUUUGUCAUAUUUGCCGAAAUAAACUUAAUAUCUUGAUAGAACCAAUAAGCUACAUCUAAAGGUUUGACGGUGUGAAAUCCAUCCUACAUUGGUGGGCGUCGCAGGACUGAAAUAAACACGACAAAUCAUUAAGACCGACAGUAAUGAUCAGACGGGCUACCUGUCUGUCCACCUUCCUACCUGCGCGCACUGCAGUCAAUACGCUUUACUAUGUUUUCAACCAGCUAGGCAGAGGUACGCUAUUAUUAGGCUAACAUUCGAACUAGAGGCACAACCAUGGGUGAGAAAGAGCAGGCAAUAAAUCCGGUUCCAGAUUUCACAGUUAAAAGAUGAAAGAGAAAACAGACAUUAGUUGAAAGGGUUAAACUGUACUAUGAAAUGUCCUAAUAUAGGCUACUAACGUUAGCA